UUGCAUGAGAAACGCGAGGGACAUAUGGCUAUGGAUGAGGCCGAGAAGUUCCGCGUUGAGUUGGACUCCAAACUCAAGUUCAUUGAAAACAGUUUCACUAAAUUGAGGGCAGAGGAGGAGAAAAUCAAUAAAAUGAAGGUUAAAGUUGAACAGGAAUUGGAUUUCAUCAAAGAGACCAAAGAUAAUAUAGUCUGCAAUCUGUGCUCUUCGGGACUCAAUAGAGUCAAACUGAAUGGAAUGACGAGAACCUCUUUGCAAGACAUGGCAAACGUGCCAUCAUUUUACGGGUCCAACCAAUGGUCAGGACUGCCGGACGAUAGGGCUCUACUCAUUUGGCAGAUAACUGGCCAACAGGACGCGGCUCUUCUACAACAGGAAACCGCUUUCAUUAACGCCAUACGAACUCAAACACUGGACACAGACAUCACUUUCCAACAAAACGAGUAUUUCAUAAACUGA